GCGCUCAGCCUGGCUUGAAUAAGCGUCUCUGAAAAACAGCUGAGCCUCGUUUGUGGAACUACUUGCAGCUGAGAUUAAAGUUGCCGCUUAUUCAAGCCACACUUACCGGCGUAAGCCCAGCCUGUUUUAGCCAGCUUCGUGGAAUACCCCACAGCUGUAGGCGUUUUGUAGUUACUAAUCUGAACCGGAAGCCGCGCUGCGUAACCGGAAGUCCUGUGGUCUGCAGGAAUCAGAGCGUAGAAGAAGAAGCGGUUUCCUCCACGUGAGUCCUCAGCAACAUGUCGCCUCCAGGAGGGAAAAUAAACAGACCGAAGACCGAGUUGGGGAAGAAACUGUUCAAGCGGCGGCGAGUUCUGAGCCGAGAGAAAAGGAGGAAACAUCAGAUUGUCGGAGCCGUCGUGGACGAAGGUCUGAUCACCGUCCAUCACCUGAAGAAGAGGAGGUCGAGUCCCAGAGCCAACAUCACUCUGUCCGGGAAGAAGAAACGCAAACUGCUGAAGCAGCUGCAGCACAUGCAGCAGGAGAAGGCCGGGAUGGAAGAUGGACCUAAGUUGAUUUUCUCUGUAAGUCAGAACUCACCAACCAAAAUCAUUCCGUGCAUCAUAAUAUCGAUCAGUUCUUCAUAAAGUCAUGAACACCAACCACUUUGAUGCAUGAAUCAUUUUACUGGAAGAUAACAGAACAUGACUUGUUUUUACACCUUUAUUCUGUGGUACUGACCCUCUGUGAUGAAUGAGUGAGACUUUAUCUGGUUUUCUGCUGGUUGAUUGAACCUUCACACAGUUUUGCCUCUCGUUUUUGUCCUUUUCUGUCUCGUUUUUUCCUUUUCAGACAAGUUUUUGUCAUUUCGAACAAUUUAAGCUGAAAACAAAAUUUUACGCAAUUUUGGAAAAAAUUUGACUCAUUUUGGACAAUUUUUAGCUCAUGAAAGACAAAUCUUCACACAGACUAAGGGGGCCGUAGCCAACGCCAGAAGAACUAGAAAAACCCAUAACCUAGCUCCAGAAGAACUAGAAAAACCCCAUAACGUAGCUCCAGAAUAACUAGAAAAACUCCAUAACUUAGCUCCAGAAGAACUAGAAAAACCCCAUAACUUAGCUCCAGAAGAACUAGAAAAACUCCAUAACUUAGCUCCAGAAGAACUAGAAAAACCCCAUAACUUAGCUCCAGAAGAACUAGAAAAACCCAUAACUUAGC